CAGAGGAAGAGAGGGAUGCUCUGUGUUUCCACUCUCAGGACACACCCUGGCUAUCCUAGAGCGGCGCAGUGUGAUUAUGCAGGGCAACUGCAGCCUUGUACAGGGGGUGAGAUGGGAAUGCUGAAUCAGUGAAACUGCAUAAAAGGUACAGGAGAGUGUAAACGGGUGGGUAAAUGGCAGGGAGAGAAAGGUAAAAGCUGGGGAAUUUGUUGGAGAAAGAUGAGCUGCAUGAUUCCUUUUCCCUCUUUUCAUUAAUAAUCUAUUCAGUGAACAUUUUUACCGGUAUUUCCCAAAGAAACUUUAAACCGAAGUUAAUCUCAGUGGUGACUUUGUUCUAAAUCAGCAGGCCUGAGAACCAAGAUGCAGGUGGAUGAGCCGUUGCUUUUGCCAAGGUUAUCCCGAGUUGCUGUUUGUGGCGGGACGCAUGGCAACGAACUGUCAGGAGUGUACUUGGUGCAAGAGAUGAUGAAAACACAGAAAGGGGGAGAGGACAGAGAGCCCGCGUCUGUGUCGAUGUUGCUGUCCAACCCUCGGGCCAUGCAGCAUUGCCGCAGAUAUGUUGACAUCGACCUGAACCGCUGCUUCACCCAUGCAACCCUCAAUGGCCCCAUAUCAGAGAGGGCCCCCUAUGAAAUCAUUCGGGCUCGUGAGCUAAACGCCAUGCUGGGUCCCAAAGGCAGCCGGGCGGCAGUGGAUCUCGUCUGUGACCUCCACAACACCACUGCCAACAUGGGCCUGUGCUUCAUCGCCUAUUCCGACUGUGACUGGAUCUGUCUUCACAUAUUCAAAUACCUGCAGAAGCAGAUGCCAAAUAUGCCGAUGAGAUUCAUCCAUUUUGAUAUUCCUAAUAAAGAAUCAUAUUCCCUCGAUUCAAUCGGAAAACACGGCUUUGCUAUGGAGAUCGGCCCUCAGCCCCACGGCUGUGUCAAGUCAAACAUCUACACGGCAAUGAAAGAAGGUGUGCAGCACAUGCUGGACUGGGCAGGCUAUUUUAACUCAGGUUGUGUGUUUGAAGGAGGAUCGGUGGAGGUGUUCACCUUGGUUAAAAACAUCGACUACCCGAGAGAAGGUGGGACUCACAACAUCACAGCAACCAUCCAUCCCUACCUCCAGGACCGAGACUUCUGCCUGCUGCACCCCGGAGACCCUCUGUUCCAGACGUUCUCAGGAGAAACCCUGCUAUAUAAGGGCAAAGAACCACUUUAUCCCUUCUUCAUCAACGAAUGUGCCUACUAUGAAAAGGGCAUCGCACUCUCCCUGGCCAGAAAGAAGACCGUGACCAUCCCUUCUAUCUGGGUGCAAACAGAGAAGGAGGAGGAGCAGAGCUUUACAUCAGAGGAAGAGGAGUGAAGAUGAUGCGGAACAAUUUUAUGCAAUGACUUUUUUUUUUUUAUUAAAACAACAGCAUUGUACAAGCCUUUGCUUAUACGCACAAAUAUAUGCAUACAGGAUAGAUUCAGCUCACGUUCACAAACAUCAUGUGGGAACAGGAUAUUCAGGGAUAAAGGAGCAGUUUGUGUUUGACAUUUGGAUCAGUUACAUUUAUCAAACAAUGCCAUUCAGAAAUGACCUUAAACUUUGCAAAGCUUAUCUGUCAACAUCCAGCAUUCUUUUAUAAGCAUAAAGAUAUUUCA